UUUCCUCCAUCAUUCGUUUCCAAAAUAACAUCACCCAAAUGCGUCUAUCUCAGACCUCUCAAUCCCCACCCUCCCCUUCUGGCUCAAAUCUACCUUAUAACUCUGAGCCUAGCCCAGUUAUCCCUCAGUUCUAAGUUCAAGUCUCAAUAGCUCGGCCUACAUCUGUGCAGAAUCCUGAUCCUAUCUGACAGGCUGAAGUCCGAUAACACCAGCAACAGAAAUUAAUGGGCGAGAAUAGCUUAGGAGAUCUAGGGUCUGCAAGUAGAGAUCUCCUUGGAAAGUGUCAACCAAGGGAAUCAUGAAGAAAUAAUGAGAGCCGAGAUGAACAUAUAAACAGAAAAGACGAGGACAGCUGUGAUGAUGACGAUGUUAGAGAGUUAUAAAGCAAAUCAGGCUAGGUUUAUUAGUAAGAUUUAUUAUAUCUUUUUCUUCUGUCUUGCAUUUACAGCUAGAAUUUGAGUUGCACCUACUAUUAAUAGUGAUGCUCAAAGGUACCUAGUAGAUAAUCAAUUGAUGUUGAUUGUAUCUUCAGUCCUUUUAAUUAUACCUCCAUUCUUCUUACUGUAUUUUAUCAAUAUUGCCUUUGCCUAUGCAUGUACUGCAAUAGGUAAUGCAUAGCUGGUGCUUAUAGUAGCUUCUAUGACAGCAGGAGUUACCUUUAUCCUUACUAUCUUUGCAUGCAUA